UUCACUUAUAGGGGUGCUGGACGACAGCGUAUGUGUAUCGACAGUGGGCUGCAUUGACAAUGAGCGCUUGCGGUGAUGUUGCGGCUCUGCUGCUCCUGAUGGCGGUGUGUCUAAGUGGAUCCUCGGAGGCUCUAAUGGAGAUGAAAGAUAUAGAGUGCUACUCUAACGUCAGCCUGCCUUGUGAGGCAGGGCGUGUCGGCCCGAAGUUCCGCUCGCUCACCUGGUACAAGGUACCACCUCUCACUCCUGCUUCUCUGCAGAACCGGACGGGUAUCCUGAGGUCGAGGGCGGAUAACACCACACUGUAUAGUUACCACCGCCAGGUUGCCCUCGGAGGAGAGGGGCAGUUGAUCCUGCCCCGGGUCACACCCAAUGACUCAGGCAUCUACGAGUGUCUCCUGAGGGCAAAUCUCGGGGGGCACAACCUCGAAUCGUCCGUCUCGCUCUCUGUGAAUGCCUGCAUUGAGCCACUGACGGUGACGCCCAUUCGCAGAGACUGGACAGUUCAAAAGAGCCCCCUGCUGGACGUGUUGGAAGUGCACGCUGGAUGGGCAGCCCUCGGCUUUAUUUCUCUUAGCCUCCUCAAGAUCAUCUUAUGCGUGGUGGUCAUCAAGCGCUUAACCGUAUCUCCCUCUGUGUCUUCUGCAGGUGUUGGCCAAAAUGAGACCUUCCCAGAGCUACCGAGUGGGAAGCAAGAGGUGUCAGAGGUCACAGAGAUGAAGCCCAUCACCAGCACCACCGGGCCCAUCCAUAACAAAACCAACACCAGCACCACCAAGACAAUCCAUACCAACACCAGGACCAGCACCACCAGGCCCAUUCAUACCAACACCAGGACCAACACCACCAGGCCCAUCCAUACCAACACCAGGACCAGCACCACCAGGCCCAUCCAUACCAACACCAGGACCAACACCACCAGGCCCAUCCAUACCAACACCAGGACCAGCACCACCAGGCCCAUCCAUACCAACACCAGGACCAGCACCACCAGGCCCAUCCAUACCAACACCAGGACCAGCACCACCAGGCCCAUCCAUACCAACACCAGGACCAACACCACCAGGCCCAUCCAUACCAACACCAGGACCAGCACCACCAGGCCCAUCCAUACCAGCAACAGAGGUCACAAAUGUCACAGCGAUGAAGCCCAAUACCAACAGACACAAAUGUAGCAGGUUGUGCCCUUUUAAAAACUGGCCUGGGCCAACAGAUGAAAAAGAGACCAUGCUCCUGCUCCUAACUCUGGCUUAUUGACAACAGCAAACAGCAGCACCUAAAAUACUUUACAUUGAUAUGGGGGAACCUCACUAACUACCACCAAAGUGUAGCACCCACCUGGGUGAUGCACAGCAGCCAUGAUGCACCAGAACGCUCACCACACACUUGGUUGAAGUGGAGAGCAAGGGAAUGAAUGAAUGAGCCAAUUACACUGGGGAUGAUUAGAGGAUCAGAUUCAAUGAGCCAGGUAGGGAAUUUACCCAGGACACCGGGGAACCCCCUACUCUUUGCGAUGAGUGCCAUGGGAUCUUUAAUGACCGCAGUGAGUCAGCACCUAAGUUUAAGGUCUCAUCCCACGGACUGCAUUUCCUACAGCACAGUGACCCUGCGAUGCACUGGGGCAUUGGGAUUGGAGGAAAGAGCGCCACCCACUGGCCUCCCAUCAACACCACCUCCAGGAGCAACUUAAUUUCCCAAGGUACUCUGUUAUACUAAAUAAUGUAAUAACUUGGCAAAAUGUAAUACAUUUUCAUUAUAAAAUGCAGCAUGUAUGCAGAUGAUUUAAUUGUUGUGAUUAUGUCCCUAUAUAGUGCUGGUCUACAGCAACUGCUUAGAGUCUGUUCAUGGAGCACAAUAUAACAUACAAUAUAACUAUGGAGUACAAUAUAACAUCAAAUUCAAUGCAUAAAAGAGUGUUAUAAUUAUUGCCAGAACUAAGGAGGACAGCAAGCUACAUUUUCCCUCUUUUUACUUGAAAGGGCAAGAGCUAAACAUAGUAACUAAAACAAAAUUCCUGGGUCACAUCAUCAAGGAUGAUUUGUUGUGACUAUGAUGACAUACAGCGCCAGUGCUGUAAAUGAUAUGGACAAGCAAAUACGCUGGCACACAAAUUUCAUAUGUGUACUGAAGAAGUUAAAACAUUCAUGUUCAGAUUCAUGUGCCGAUUAACAAAGUCAAAGAAUAAAAUUUUAACAGCCUUAACCACCCCUGCACUUACUGAUACCAGAUAUACCUCCUAAUCCUGAAACACACAUUUGUACCUGUUUUAAUUACUGUGGAUAGCCAUUUGUAUGUCUGUAUGUGCAGUUUGUAUGUACAGUAUGUAUGUAUGUUUUUGUGUUUUGUAUGUUCCCUUUAUGUAAUUUGUGAUAGUCCUUUGUAUUUCUGUAUGUAUUUAUAUGUGUGUUUGUAUGUAUGCCUUAUGUAAUAUGUUGUGUGUGCAUUUUAUCUGAUCGAAACAUUCAAAACGUUAUCUGCCAAAUGCGAAAAUAAACUCAAAAAAGGAUAUCAAAAAAGAAUACCAAGGAGUGUGCAAACUUUUUUCACAAUCACUUGACUUUUUUGUUCAGCACCUGGGAUGUGCACAAAGUCUCCUUGCCAGUGCUUUUUAUCUGAACCUUGAGUCUGUAAAUAAAGCUAUAUAUAAAUAUAACAUAUACUGUAUAUAAUAAUUUGCCACAUUUUGAAAUAAUUUGCAGCAUUUCGUAAUAAACUGCCUGAACUCAAUAUGCAAUAAAUGUUCCUGCAUUUUGUAAUAAAUGAUUACUCAGCCCUCUUGUUCAUCGUCCGCUCACUAUGGAGGUUAGAUCAGGGGACUGAGAUAGCCAUUGCAGAAGUCUUAUUUUGUGUCCAGUAAACCAUUGUUGAUGUUGAUCCAGAAGGUAAAAAGAAAGAAAGGUGACCUGCUCUGUAAUUUCCUGUUAAAGGAUUAAUAAAGGACCUAAUCUAA